UCUUGGAACAAAGUCACGUGACAAGAUGCUAGGCUACACCAUUUUAAAGCGAGGCUCUAAUUUUAACACCGGCGUAUCAACAUUUACGCAGGAGAGAAACGGUACUCCGCUCCCUCCUGUGGCCUCCUCUUGAACUUAAUCCUUAACACCGUCAUCUCUAAUCACUGGCGUCAUAAACAGAUCUGACGCCAGAACAAACAACACCCCUACCUGAAUGGCUGGUAUAUUCCUAUCUAACAUUUUACCAGAUUGGUCGCUAGGUUCUUUUCCUGAUUGGCCUCAGCUUAGCGGAAGAAGACUCAAAUAUCUACCUCUUCUUUUCUCUGAUUGGCAAAAGUCGAUUCGUUUUAAUCGGUGAUGCAAAGGCCUGUUUUGACUGGUCAGAGGAGCUGUCAAUUCUUGGCCAUCGGCGCGCCUAAGACCUCAAGUCCGCAAAAAUUUCCCUUUGAUGUGCGCGGCCAACCUAACAGAGGCUUUCCCGCCAUGCUUUGCGGCAGACUGGCUUCGUAAUCGUUUCCCGUCGUUCUCCGGGCCGCGCAGGUUGGGCAAGGGAGCGAGUCGAGAGAGAUGGCCGGGGUGCCAGGCGGGGAAGGCCCGGCUUCCGAGGCGGCCGGAUCGGGCGGCGUGAACGUGUUCGCCAACGACGGUUCCUUUCUUGAGCUGUUCAAGCGACGCAUGGAGGAAGCCGCUGGGUCGGGAGGAAAGAGUGGAUCAGAAACGGCGGUCGCCGGGGCCGAGAAACAGAAAGAGAUCGAACCGCGGCCAGAGCCGCCCGGGGACCAAGAGCCACCGGGGAAGAAGCGGAGCGGGAGCGCCCUCAGCUUCGUGGGCAAGCGGAGAGGGGGCAGCAAGCUAGCCCUGAAGACAGGAAUGGUAGCGAAGAAACAAAAGACAGAGGAGGAGGUUUUGACAAAUAAAGGAGAUGCAUGGGCGAAAUAUAUGGCUGAAGUGAAAAAGUACAAAGCCCACCAGUGCAGUGAUGAUGAUAAAACCCGGCCUUUAGUGAAAUAACUUUUAUCUCCAGCCUGGACUGUCUGUGAUGUACAUAAUUAUUUAAAAUAUCAAAGGAUUAGUGCUGUCCCACAAGACUGAAUGCUGCCAUGGCAGCAGGAGACUUGCCAUACUUUUAUAUUUGAAAAUUUAGAGCCUCCUUCACUGAUUCAUUUAUUGUUUUCCCAUUCUUCUGAGAACUAAGAACUUUGACUUAAUUGCCAGAUUUUUAAUUUGUAACGCCCUGUCUCUAAAUAGUGAAAUUGGUCUAACUUUUCUUUCCCAGAAUCAUCAGGCAAAAACAUACUUUUGCUGAUAAACUUUCAGCAUUGAGUCUUUGCUUAACAUUAACACCUGAACUUUCUACUAUAGGACAUGCAAAGAAGUUCUCUGUAUCAAAUUCAGUACCUCUUACUGCUGAAGAUAAAUUUAAAAUGUGGUUGCAAAUAGUCAAUCUGUACUGCAGACUGUAAUAAUUCCAGAGCUUGAAGUAAUCCCUCUCUCUUCACUAUGAAAGACAAAUGAAUCUGGAUCUCGAUUCAUCUAAUAUCUGACAGCUCUGUAGCUGCAUUUUUGCCUGUGUUGGUCAUUCCCUACUCCAAUUUCACUGCAUAUUGCAGUGAAUUAUGGAGUUUUGUAUUUAAUUCCAGCUGCUGCUUAAGCUUUUUCCUAGCCUUUUCCUAUGCAUGCUCCAAUCUUAAUACUGGGGGGAUAUCCUGUGCCUGUCUAUUAUCUAAGAAGCAAAACACCUGGUCUGUUUUUGUACCAAGUAUUACAUAUUUGAGAGAAUCAUUAAAAUUACCAUAGGUGCUCUCUGCAAUGAAUUUAAUUUUAGAUACUAUAAUUUUAACUUUCGACUGCUCCUGUGCCCCCACUCCUAGAUGUUAUGAGCAGAGGUCCUUGGCUUUGAAAGAAAGAACUUGGGUCUAUAGCCAUUGUAUUGAUAAUGGUUUGUUGCAUGGAUGGGACCUAUGCUCUUUCAUCACUUGUUUACUUACCCUGAGUUUGAUUUCUUAUCUUUCCAUAAAAUACUGUUAAAAUGGAAAGCACCUAAUAUGACAUUGAAACUGGGUAUGACAAUUUGAUAUAAGGGCUUAUGGUACAUUCCCAGCAAUUGAUUUUAAGUCAGGAAAUACUAAGGAGCUCUUCUGUUUUCUGGCUGGCAUAGAAAAGUUUUUUUUUUUGUUGUGCUGGAAUUAGUUUUCACUUCUAAAUGUUAUCCAGUUUGUGUCAUUUCCUUUUAACAGAUUGGGCUGAUUUUUGAGCUGCACUAUUAAUGCGAUAUUCACAAAGAUGGAUUUGUACUCUGGAGAAAAACAAACUGAGAUUGAUCUCACUGUUUGAGUCUAUUUUUUUCUUCAAUCAACAUCACUGGACCAGAUCUAUUAAAUAAGUUUCUGCCACGAAAAGGCCAUUGGUUUCCAGUAUAUCUUGGGCCUUUGUGUAAUGCAUCUGAAGAACAAUGCUUUCUUUAGAUUGGGGUUAAGCAUUUUUGAUGGAAUUUCACAUAAAACAUCUGAGUGUUCUUUAGUGUAACUAAGAAUUCUCAUUACAUAACAGGUUUUUCAUGCACAUGCACAAUGAGCAUGUAGGAGCUACUUCUGAAUAUGGUAAGGGAGUGGUUAGACGAAACAAAAAUUCUGUUUUUGCCUCUCAUAAUAUGAGAGAUUGCUGUUAAAACAUCAGAAAAAAAAUAAAGGUUUGGUAUUUUA